AUGGACGUCGAUGGCAACAAUGACAUGCUCGCCAAGGUUGCGGCCGGCGAGAUGCUCGAGCUGGACGCUUGGCCUGCGUUGCAAAUUGAUAUCCUCGCGCGCCUAGAAAAGAUUGCGCACACGGAAUUCGCAAUCCCCGACUUGCCUCCGCCGCACGAACUGCGACGAUCUCUCGAUAACGGCGAGCACUCAUCUUCGUCGCCGCUGCCCCAAUCCUCCUCGCAAGAGGCCGACAAAGAAAAUGUACCGGUCCCUGCCGACGGCGACGCCAAGGACGGCGAGAAAAAAUCCGACGAGGACAAGCAGCCUAAAGAAGCAACGACAACGGGCGAUGAUAAGGUUACCGUCAUGGAAAAGGUCGACGAGGCGAGCACAGAAAAGCCAGAUGGCGAAGCAACAGCGCAAACAGACGCACAAACAGGAGCUGAAACCGCCGCUGGCAAUGUCCCAUCAGAAUCGAUAGCGGCCGAAGAGAACAGCAGCACGCCAAAACUCCCAGUCCAGAUUGCCGCUAUGCUCAGCGAAAUCAAAAGCCACAUCCAGACCUUCACACAGGCGCCACCGCACACGCUCCAGCGCCUGGCCGAGCUGGUUCUGCAUCCCCGCGCACACUACCGUGCUCUGGCUACGUACCUGCACGCAGUCGACCGCGUCGUCCAGGUCACCUCGGGGCUCAACACGUACCCGCUGCCGCCUGCCAUCCCCGAUAUGUCGUCGAUGCACAUCAACGGCGUCGACGGCAGCGAAGAUCCGGCCUCUUUGGUGAGCUGGAACAACCCGACCACGACCUACAGCAGCAGUUCCGCGGCUGUGGCCGUCGGUUCUGAUGAAGCGCUGGGCGGUGCGCUGCUGACGCCGAUCCCCUGGCUCACGCGGCGCAGUCCGGACAGUGGUGAUGCGGCAUCGACGAGCAGCGGUGGCGGAAGCACAGCUGGCGGCAGCGGCAGUGGCGCCCAGAUUCACAGUGAGGGCACCGAGACGAUUGAUGGCCCCAACGGCAUGGGCAGCAUCGAAACGGUGUCGGUGAGCGUCAACGGCGUGCCAUCGACAGGCCACGCGCGGGGCGUCACCCAAGGGGAGCUGCUGCGGCAAGAGCAGCGCGCCGGCGUCGUGCCCGUCAGCCAGCUGUCACGAAACGUCGGGCAUCCGCAGCACGCCAUGCAGCACCACCAGCUCCCGUCGCAGCACGAGCCUGGCGCGUCCGGCGAGGGAUCCGACGAAGAAGAUGGCGACGCCGACGACGAGAGCCGACCCAUGGACGAGGAUCGGCCCGGCCCGAGCGAGGCUGGAGGGGACGAGGACGAGGACGAGGAAGAAGAGGUCCCGCACGCGCGCGGGCCCGACGAGAUUGGCGUAAAUGACACCGGCCCCCAGACGGCCACGACGAGCUCCAUGGGCGAAAGCGGCCUCGAGAUGCAGGGCAUCGAUCUAGCGGCCGCCGUCGGCAGACCGGCCGAGGAAGAGGAGCACCAUGCUGCUGCUGCGCAAGUGACGCAGACGACGGAGGAGAACGAGGAGACGGCGCAAAAGGAGGAGAGUGCCGAGGAGGCUAGCAAGGAGGCAGCAGAGGCGCCGCCGAGUCCCGAGGGCACGAGGACGAAGCGCGAGGCAGAGGACCUGGCCGAGGGGGAGCCCGCAAAGAAGCUCAAGGAAGAAUGA